UUUGAAUAUUUGCUUAUUUUCCUUGAACAAAAUUUGACCAAACAUAUUGGCUUCAUUGUUUUCAUAUACAGUACUGUGGAAAGUAAUUCCCGAAUGCUUUAGAGAGGAUUUGUUGAAAAAAAAUAGAAACUAAUAUUAGGGAUACAAACUGCAUAUGGGUCAGUGCACUUUAUUUGUUACCUCCGCCAAGGACUUUAUGAUGCAUUUCUGUCAUCAUAAAGGCCAUUUUCUUUUCUUUUCUUUUUUUUUAUUUUUUUACUUGCAGCUCUUCUACAUGAGUUCUACACAUUCACAUGCUGCGUUUUCUUAAUUUGGCACUCCCUUGGCGGGGGAAAAAAAGAAGACAAUAUGGACACCUUUUUUCCACAACGGUCACGUUGGGAACAUUUCAAAAUAUGGAACAAGAAAUAACCGAUGCUGUGUUUCCAAUAAUGACCACACUUGUUUCCAAAGACGUGGCAUUCCAAAAAACAGAACUCUUUAUCAAGAGGCUAAGUCUUGCAUUGCAGAGGAAAUUUGAGGGUCACUGGUACCCCGAAAAUCCCAGCAAGGGGGAAGCGUACAGGUGUAUACGGGUGAACCGGCACAACAGGAAUGACCCAGAACUCCUUCGGGCCUGCCACGAGAGCGGGCUGCGGUUCUGUGACCUGCGACUGCCCCUUGACUUCACGCUGUGGAUAAACCCCGGUGAGGCUUUUUGCAGGAUUGGUGAGGAAAACCCUCCAUUCUCAGUGGCUACCGUGGCUGCCAUGUAUGAGGAAUACUUGGGCGCACACCCGCCCAACACUUCGGACGGCGAGAUGUCCGACUCCGACUCGUCUUCCUCCUCAGAUGGCGAGGACGCACUCUCUUGUUUUUCCAUGAGCAACUGCACACAGUUGAAUCCACUCGCUCCCGCCUGGUAUCCCUCCGGCUUUCCCAAACCCACUCGCACCCGCUUGGUCUGUCGAGGUACCAGGGAAAGGUUCCUUCCGUUGAACAUUUGCAGGCAUUAUCAGUGUGCUACUGCAGCAAGGCAAAUAAAAAUGAAAUAAACAUGACUAUUCUAUUUUC